GCGGUGUUCGGAGGCGGGUUCAAGAUGGAGGAAGGCGAGUGGGGUGAGGCCUCUUCCUCUCCAGUCUAUGAAGGCAACUCAAUGGAUCUGGAAGAUCUGCAGCUGUUUGGGGGCUACGACAGCCCGGGACCCCCCAGGAGUGACGAGAGGAGCGUGGGCUCCGAGGAGGAAGAGGAGGAGGAGGAGGGGGAGGAGGAGGAGGAGGGGGUGUCACUGACCCCAGCCCCGGCCAGACGACCAGAGACCCCCCCUCCUCCCACCCACACACACAGAGCCCAGGACGAGAGCCACGAACCAGCGGUGUGUGAGAUGUGCGGGAUCGUUGGGACCCGGGAUUCCUUCUUCUCCAAGACCAAGCGGUUCUGCAGCGUGUCGUGCUCCCGGAGCUACUCCUCCAACUCCAAGAAAGCCAGCAUCCUCGCCAGACUGCAGGGGAAGCCCCCCACGAAGAAAGCCAAGGUCCUGCACAAGGCAGCCUGGUCAACCAAGAUAGGAGCCUUCCUGCAUUCACAAGGCAUUGGACAACUGCUGGACGGGACGCGAACUGGACAGGACGCCUUUGUGAUGGGGUUUGACUGGGGAAGCUACCUGAGGGAGAGGAACCACAGGGCAGCGCCAGUGAGCUGCUUCAAACACGCGCCCCUGUUUGAUCAGUGGGAGGAUGUCGGGGUUGGGAUGAAGGUGGAAGUUAUUAACAAUGAUGCCGUGCUGCCCAGCAAAGUCUACUGGAUCGCCUACAUCGUCAAACUGGCAGGAUACAAGGCUCUGCUGCGUUACGAAGGAUUCGAGGGCGACACCAGCCACGAUUUCUGGUGCAACUUGGGAACCGUGGACAUCCACCCCAUCGGCUGGUGUGCCGUGAACAGCAAGCUGCUGGUGCCCCCCCAGACGGUUCACCAGCGCAUCAGAGACUGGAAAGCGUUCCUCACCAAGAGGCUGGUCGGAGCGAAGACCCUGCCUGUGGAUUUCUACAUCAAGAUGGCAGACAGUAUGAAGUAUCCGUUCAGGCAGGGCAUGCGCGUGGAGGUUGUUGAUAAAGCCCAGCUCUCUCGAACCCGCACCGCCGUGGUGGACGCUGUGAUCGGGGGACGGCUGCGUCUCCUCUACGAGGACGGACAAGGGGACACGGAGUUCUGGUGCCACAUGUGGAGCCCGCUGGUGCACUUCGUGGGCUGGUCCAAACGAACCGGCCAUGAGAUCAAAAAGUUCGAAAAGAAGAAGGACAUGGCGAACCACCCGACAUUCCGGAAAAUAUAUUGCGAUGCCGUCCCCUAUCUCUUUAAAAAGGUUCGAUCAGUUUAUACUGAAGGCGGUUUCUUUGAAGAAGGAAUGAAGCUGGAAGCAAUCGAUCCGCUGAAUCUGGGCAGCAUUUGCGUGGCUACGGUGCAUAAGGUUCUGUUGGAUGGCUACCUGAUGGUUGGGAUGGACUACUCCGAGACACCAGGGGGCGCUGAUUGGUUCUGCUAUCACGCCUCCUCUCACGCCAUCUUCCCCGUGGGGUUCUGUGAGCGCAACAAGAUCGACCUGACCCUGCCCAAGAAUUACGACAAGACUUCCUUUUCGUGGCCAAAGUACCUCGAAGACACGGCUUCAAAACCUGCUCCCUCUCGACUGUUCAAUAUGGACUGCCCGAGUCACGGGUUCGAGGCUGGGAUGAAGCUGGAGGCUGUGGAUCUGAUGGAGCCUCGGCUGAUCUGCGUGGCGACGGUGAGGAGGGUCGUGUCGCGUCUGCUCAGGGUUCACUUCGACGGCUGGGAUGAAGAGUUUGAUCAGUGGGUGGAUUGUGAGUCCUCGGAUAUCUACCCUGUGGGCUGGUGUGAGAUCACGGGGUACCAGCUGCAGCCCCCCGUCUCUGCAGACGAGUCAACCAGCAAAUCCACACAAGAGAUGAAGAACAAAAAAUCACUAGGAAAGAAAAAAAAAAAACUGAUGAAGAAAAAACUAGCCUCGCUGAUCGCCAGAAACAAGCCCCCCCCUCGAUUGAAGCCCCCCACCCCUGCAGAGGAUCAGCCCCCCCCAGCUGAACCCCCCCUGGACUGGGGGGCACUAGAGGGGGAAAUUAUUGCUGUCAAGGUCAAAGAGGAGACCUUUGACCCCACGAUUAUGAGCGGUGACCCCCACGAUCUCCAGAUGACCUCGCUUCAGAUCAAAGGCGAACCCCAAGACUGAAAAAAAAAAUAGCAGGUCACCUUCUAUCCGUUAAUAUGGGGGAAGAUAUGAGAGCUUUGAAGUGGCUUAGACUACGGCUCCCAGCAUGCCUCUGCACCUGCGGCAAUGGCGAGGCACGCUGGGAGCUGUAGUUCUUUAUGCUGUGGUCUUCUGCUCCAAUACAAACCUCCAUUAUAAUACAGAACUACGGCUCCCAGCAUGCCUCUGCAGCCGCGGCAAUGGUGAGGCAUGCUGGGAGCUGUAGUUCUUUAUGCUGUGGUCUCGUAUCACAAGCGAUACAGACCUCUAUUACGAUACAUCAUGUACAGCUGUGGACAAAAGUUUAGCAGCAUCACCCUCUAUAAAAAACGACCUGAUUUAGCUUCAUAAACCCUGUUUCUCUUAUAUCAGUUAAUAUAUCUGGUAUGUACAAUAUAUGUAUAUUUCUAAGGGUGGGGGCGGGACUUAAGUUUAAGCCCCGCCCCCUCCAGCCAUAACAUUAUCACUAAGUGGAUAGAUCAUGUAAAAAUCGACCUCAAUUAUGAUGUUUCUACUCGUUCUGGUUUGCAUGCACACAUGUCCGUUUGUUUCAAUCCUGCACGCCUUUGCUCGUGAAAUUUAAUAAAAAACAAACGAUGGAAAUGUCUACAUGUAGCGUUCGUGUGAACGAACACUAAAUAAAUUUUUUUA